UCUGGGCGCAGGUCGCCGGCACUGCGGACAAGCCGCCCACCCCUGCAGUGAGGGCAGAACAUGCGUGUGUGGUCCGUGGCGUCCUGACACGCCUGCCACUUUCAUGUUAUGAUCAAUACCUGAAGCGUCGGUCACAGCUGAGUGAACCUGUUCUUAGCCUUCUUUGGGUCACGGCCCAUGACACCUUCCUGCGAAUCCUAGCGCUGAAGCUCAACAUGGAUGAAGCUUUGUGGAGCCCCGCUCCUGAAAACAGGGGCAGUCCAGUGAGAGUCAAGGUGGAAGAUUCCACGUGGGAGCAGGUGUGCAGCACACAGGAGCACGGCCUCCACGCUCAGGAGCUUGGCCGCCUGCGCUUCCAGUGCUUCAGCUACCAGGAGGUGACUGGACCUCGGGAGGCUCUGUCCCAGCUCCAGGAGCUCUGCCGGCUGUGGCUGCGGCCCGAGACGCACAGCAAGGAGCAGAUGCUGGAGCUGCUGGUGCUGGAGCAGUUCCUGCGCAUCCUGCCCGCGGGGCUGCGCGCCCGGGUGCGGGAGCGGCGCCCGCAGAGUGGCGAGGAGGCCUUGACAGCACUGGAGGAUACAGGGACAGACACAGGAGACGUAGCACAGCAGGCCUCUGUCUACACUCAGGGACAGGACAUGCACCUCCUGGUGACAGACUGUCAAGGCGCCUCUUUGGAGUGUCAGAGCCUCCACCUCCUGCCUGGGGCGACCACCGUGAAAUGUGAGCCUCCAGAGUUUCCCGACGAGAACGUCCAAGCCGUGAGCCUGAGCGCCAGGGGGCCUGCUCCCCAAGGACCAGCUCCUCUCCAGGAAAAAGCCCCCAGAGACAAGGCACCAGCACCUGGAUUCAAGUCAGCCACACCCCAGACAUCGGUAAAGACGGAGGACGAAGCAGCCCAGACCCUCGUCCCGGAGGAGUGGCCACAUCUGCGUCUGGCUCAGAGGACCCUCUGUGGCGACUCAGCUCAGGAGGUGACAGACCUCAGUCUGAGGACUGAAGAAGCUGUAACUAAAGAUGAAUUGUUUAAUGCAAAACAAGAAGCAUCUGAAGAGAUGGACCAAGGUGCUGAGGCCUCAGGAAUACCCGAAAGAGAUGGUGUGCCCGGGGUUGCGUGUGGCGCUCCUGUCGCUGAUGCGAAGCCAGCUGCACAUUUGAACACCAUGAAGCAUCGUCACGCAGGCGACCUGUGGGCCCGCACACACAUCUCAUCCCUGGAAUAUGCUGCAGGAGACGUCACCUGGAAAGGGAGGAAGAAAGACAAAGCUCGAGUGAGUGAACUGCUCCAAGGCCUUGCGUUUUCUGGGGACUCUGAUGUGGAAGAAAAUAAUGAGCCAGAGGCCCAGCCGGCUCCCAAAAAGCUAAAGUCUUCAAGUGUGCCAGAGAGGACUUGGGCCCAAAAAGACAUUAAACCCAGCUUUCCGAGCUGGUCAGUGCUGGACUCUGGCCUGUUGAAUCUCAAGAGUGAAAAGCUGAGCCCAGUAGAGCUCUUUGAAUUAUUUUUUGAUGAUGAAACAUUCAACCUGAUUGUCAGUGAGACCAAUAAGUAUGCCUCUCAGAAAGAUGUCAGCUUGGAAGUCACAAUUCAGGAAAUGAGGUGCGUGUUCGGGGUCCUGCUGUGGAGUGGGAUUGUGAGACGACCCAGAAGGGGAAUGUACUGGGAGAUCUCGGGUGCUGGUCAGAGCCAGGUCCGAGAGUCCAUUACGAGAGACAGAUUUGAACUGAUUUUCUCAUACCUGCAUUUUGCAGAUAAUAGCCGCCUAGAUCCAAAAGACAAGUUUACAAAAUUGAGGCCUCUCAUAAAGCAAAUGAAUAAGAGCUUCCUCCUGUAUGCGCCGCUCCAAGAAUACUAUUGCUUUGACAAGACCAUGUGUGAAUGCUUUGACAGUGGCCUGUCCCUGAGUGGGAGGCCUGUGAGGAUCGGCUACAAAAUGUGGUGCGGCACAACCACGCAGGGCUAUCUGGUUUGGUUUGAGCCCCAUCAGGAAGAAUCCACAAUGACAGCAGAUAAGGAUCUCGAUCUUGGUUUGGGGGGAAACCUAGUGAUGCGUUUCGCUGAUGCCCUUUUAGAGAGAGGUCAGCACCCCUACCACCUGUGUUUCGAUGGCUUCUUCACAAGUGUCAAGAUAGUGUCAGCCUUGAGGAAGAAAGGCGUGAGGGCAACAGGGGCCAUCCGUGAGAACAGGAUGGAGAAAUGUCCCCUUGUGAAUGCAGCGCACAUGAAAACAAUGAAGAAGGGGUAUUUCGAUUUCCGAGUGGAAGAAAAGGAGGAGAUAAUCUUGUGCCGUUGGCAUGGCGACGGCGUUUCCAGCCUGUGCUCCAGUGCUGUUGGCAUCGAGCCCGUCGGUGAGGUCAGCUGCUUGGUGGAUGACGAGAUCUCUCAGAUAAGCCGCCCAUCCAUAGUGAAAUUGUAUAACGAAUGCAGGGAAGGUGUAGCUAACAUGGAUCAAAUCAUUUCCAAAUACAGGGUGAGAAUAAGAAGCAAGAAAUGGUACUCGGUUUUGGUGAGCUUCAUGGUUGAUGUAGCCGUGAACAAUGCCUGGCAGCUGCACCGAGCCUGUAACCCAGGUGCCUCUCUGGACCCCUCGGACUUCCGGAGACGCAUUGCACAUGCUUACCUGGAGCCCAGCACUGGCCUGUCAGAUCAAGGCCGAUGAAAGAGACACUCGGUGGACAGUAAUAAGACCGAAGAAUCGCAAGCAAACAUCAGUUUGUACUUUCCCAAAGCAAAUCUGAUGUAGGCAAUGAAAGUACGUAACUAAUAUUUUAAAAACCAGAAAUUCAUAUAGAUUUUCAAAGAAUAUUGUAACAAGUAAUGUAUCUUUUAAAAUGUUGAACUCCAGUGGUACCUUUGUGUCUAAUUCUGGUGUCAGACAUGUGGGGACAUAUUUACUUGUUGAAUUAUUUUGUGCAUUGAAGGAAUGGAGUACUGCCCUUUUGCAGUAAUUUCCUCUGGAGAAUGUCACUUUUUACAUGCAGGCAA